AUGCUACCAAACACCCAGGCCCGAGCUCCAACGACGCGAAUCGUUUCGCAGUCUGUUGUCCCACGCGACAUCACUGAGGAGUUUACGCAAGCUGCAUCGAAAUUGAAAACCGGACAACUCGUCAAAGAUGAAUACUUUACGCUUUUCGAGGCCGUGGGCGCGCUGGAGGUAGGCCGCAAUCAUCUAGCUCUUGCGCAUUGCGGCGAAAUAGAGAUGAUAAUUGAUCUAAUGGAUACGUCGCAUAAACAGAUCAUGGACCCCAAAAUGGACAGCGGAUACCUCGGUCCCGAAGAGAAAGGAAAGGGCUUAGAGGAUGACUACGACGUCUUGCGCGAUUUAGUCCCGGAGGAAGUUGUAUGGAUCAUGGACGAGCUGCUUUGCCAUGAGAUGGCGUGGCAUAGGGGCCAUCCUCUCUCGCAGACCCUCUUCACCUCGAUCUACCUCGAUAAGCUUCUAUGGCCUAUACCGCGAACAUUUGACGACACCCAUUUCGGAUGUGGCAGCCUUGCUACGGAGAAACAAAUUCCGGACCUUGUACAUAUAGUACUGCGCGCAUAUUGCCUUGCGCUGAUCAAGUGCUGUGACUUUGUCCAUGCGCGGGUGACCUCGGAGUUUUACUACGAGGUUAGUUCAGUCCAGAUUGAGCGAAUGUUACUGACUUUCUUUGAACUCGCACAGGAAGAGGAUUUCAGCACGCAGCUCUACAACCGUACAUUACUAUCACAUUUUGAAUACGAACAUUUCUCCGAUGUCUUGAAUCGGGCGAUUUCUUGGAUCGACGAGCAAGACACGAUAGACGCAGCCGUGAGAAGCGCUAUAAAGUCUCGAUUACAAUUUCGUCAAGAGUUUCUUUCGGGUCUGCAGCAGGAUAUCAAUAUCUUGGAGACAAGGUCCGUGGACAAGCUGGAGUCCUGUCUGUCAAUAAUACCUGCCCUGAGAGAGUCGAGCAAUACGAGUCGGCCUGUCCCUGAAUCUUUCAGCUGGAAAAUACAAAGAAGAUUGGCGAGUACAGUGCCUCCGCGGCCAGUGGUCAAGAUCAGCUUUGAGGAUGCGCUGGCGCAUCUCAAACGGUUGUGCCAGGACGGAAUCCACCUCAACCAAGUCUUGGAUUACGGAGGGCCAUACAAUCUAAAAGUGGCCGUUUGGACUCUGCUCUCUCGAAAACCUCAGCCAUCAGUGUAUAUUCGAUCCCUUAUUCAAACCAUCAUCAUGAACAGAUCAACCGUUCUUGGAGCUCUCCCAGUCAAACAGUUCAUCUACGACGAGCUGGCUGCACUUGUUCUUCCCUCUAGUAUACUGCUAGAAGCAAACUUGGAUGAAACCGAAGUGCCUUCAGACCCUCGUUUCCAGAUCGCCCAAUUGAUGGACGGCUUCGUCAGGCGUUUUUCCCAGCCGUUUGUGGAUACAUUUCGAAGUGCUUGUUUGAACCGCUGCCGUAUCCGCCGCACUGUCUGUCAUACCCUUGCAGAUUGGGAUAAUCUGCAAAUGGAGGCCGAGGAUCUCGACGAACAACUUCGAACCCUGAGUGAAGAGCCUCCACUAGAGCUUCCAAACGGAGACACUACAUACUCUUACCCUCUUAGUAGCUGGGCCUACCACCAGAAGCUGAUUCAAUUCCGGCUCAUUCUCCAACUUGGGUUUGAACUAACCAUAUACGCCCCAGAGGAGCUACCCGGAAUGUACUGGUACUUAUCGCACAUCUGCUCAACACACCUCGGACAUAUUGAUCGAAUUCGAACGUUCAUCCUCGCGGCAGUACAGCGGGACCGACGUUCCCUGGCUAAGCAUGCCACUCUUAGAAAGUCAUUCCUCCUCUUUGAUCGACUCACAACACAUAUCGUCGCCAUUGACGCCUUUGCAAUAUCUCUACACGCCCUCUACGUCCUCCUAUCUCGCCAUAAAGUCCUACCGAGGGCCUUCGCGCCUAAUGCGUACUCGAACGAUCAAUUCCGGUACGAGCUUCGCAUGAAGCCCUUCCUCCAAAUCACGCUACCCGAACUAGUACCAUACGAAGAAUACAACCGAGAAGCUACAUUGCAAGGUGAUAGCGACGAAGUUGUCCUGGAGCGUGCAACGAAGGCCAUCGGGGAAGCCCGAAAGGCCUGGGAAGCGACCCUCGCCAACGGACCGUUCGAUGAUUUCAAUGGUGAAAAGCCUAAUGCGCCAGCCAUAGAAGAAGACUGGAAACGCGACGUGAAGGAUACGAUGCGCGCCUGCAUCGGUGCCAGUAUUGCCAUCGAGACCGUGAAGAAGGCACUUGUCAAUGCCUCUGGUGCCGCGGAGCCGCUUAAUCUUCGAGUCAACAUUCCUGAGGCGGGCUCCAAGUCUCGCUGGCAUGACUGGUGGGCCGUCCCGCAGGUUUCACAGGCGCAGACUCAGAGUACAAAGGCAUGA